GGGGGAGGAGAGGAGAGGGGGAGGGGGAAGGGCCAGGCACCAUCAGUGGCACACAGAUAGACACAGAUGUGGGCAUGCCAAAACCUCCUCACCCUCUAACCAUGACGUCACCGUCCCUCCCCACACCGGGCAGUGCUGACGGGCAGUGCCAGGCCCGCUCUUCCACAGUGCCACCAGAGAGCAGCGAUGACUAUUUUGCUCUAUCGUCAUCUGCAGCCCCUGGGCAAAUUGGCAUCUCGCCAACAAAGGCAGGCUCUGCUCCUGUGGCGCUGAGUGAUGAUGUCACGGCUGCCCCACUCAUGGGCUGUGCCUCUGCUCUUGCCCCGGAUGCAGGUUCUGUUGCCCCCUCCCCCGCUGACUUGUGUGGCUCUGCUGGUGUUGGUGCAGCCCGUGAAGGGUCCGGUUUCCCCCCAACUCCUGUGUUUCCAGCCAAGAGCUGCAGCCCCACAGCCACAGAGUCCAGGGGUGGGGCUGUCCUCAGCAGCGGGGGCGGGGCUGUCCUCAGCAGCGGGGGCGGGGCUGUCCUCAGCAGCGGGGGCGUGGCUGUCCUCAGCAGCGGGGGCGUGGCUGUCCUCAGCAGCGGGGGCGUGGCUGUACUCAGCAGCGGGGGCGGGGCUGUCCUCAGCAGCGGGGGCGGGGCUGUCCUUGACAGUGGGGGCAGGGCUGUCCUCAGCAGUGGGGGCGGAGCUAGGCAGGGUUGGGGUGGAGAUAGGGCGGAGCAACGUGAGCAGGGGGGCGGAGCUAGGCAGGGUUGGGGUGGAGAUAGGGCGGAGCAGUGUGAUCAUGGGGGCAGUCUCAGUCCGGGCAGCAGCUGUUUUCUGAUUCCCAGCUGCACUGUGCGGGGAAAGGUGGGGAGGAUGAGGAGCAGAGGGAUGAAGGGCAGGGCCCGGCAGAGGGAUCGACGCAUAUCCAUCAAGAUCAGACUGAGGCGGCAGUCCAGUGGCGAGCUGUGGGAGAUCGUCAGUGUGCGGGAGGAGGGCGCGGUCUCUACCCCCAGGGGCGGGCACUCCAGCAGUAGGGGGUGGGGCCUGAGACAUCGGCAAAACCAGCCCACGCUCAGCAGACUCGCCCGGAGCAAGGAUGGUCUCCCAGAGGUGAAGAGGCCGAGUGGGCUCUCAGUGGGCUCCGCCCUCCCCCAGAGGAUCUGCAGAGGCCUGUCACUCACCCCUCCAUCCACCAUGACCUCACCCCCAACCCAUACUCAUCUCCCCCCUCCCCCUCCCCACAGACCCGUCCCUCUUCAGCACAUCCACCCUGCCCACAACCCUGUGCCCCUCCCCCCAGCUCCGCCCAUCCCCGAGGACUCCGACGAGCAGAUCGAAAAACUCCUGGAUGACAUCAUGAUGGGUCUCAACAUCCUGCCCCCCAUCGUCGUGGAGACGGAUGCUGGUGGCCAUGGCGACAGCAGGAUUCUGGAACCCUCACCAGGAGCUUUUGGAACCGGCGCUUCUGGCCCCUGUCCUUACCAGUGCCCCCAAAUCACAGAGUCACCAAGGCCGAAGAACAGGCUGAUGUGCUCAAGGACUCAGGAUGGCCCUUUUCCCACCAACCGCCAAUCCAGGUACAUAAGUUCCCAUGAGACUACAUAUCCCAGGGUUCCCCAGCAAGCCUCGGACGAGCUGCAUAUCCUGGAUCGCUUCCUGUUUUCACGGGAGAAUCACGCGGAUGGGGCCUGGGAGAGAUCUGCACUUGGACACAGUGACGGUGGAGUUGCAGUCACCAGCGGAGACCUAGGGAGUCUGACCCAGCCUGGAGCUGGCACAGGUGGGCACCCAGCAACCAGCAUCACACCAGCAACCAGCGCAAUCUCGAAGGCCCCUUCUGUUCCGGCGGCCCAGUCAACACUGGGCCACUCCUCAUCUCCCUGGAGAGAACUACGAAUCCCAGAGUUCCUCUCUCCACCUCCGCCCAUCAGGUUCAGGAUGGAUGAGCUGCGCCUGCCGGACUGUCUCUCUCCUCUCGGCGCAGAAGCAGGGCUGCCCCCCUCUGCUUCUCCCCCCUCAGGCCCAGCCCCUCUGCCUCCCCAGCCCCUCCCACCGUGGCUCUGUCCCUUCCCCGUCCCACUGCACGUCCUGUCCACCCCCCUACCUGACGGACUACAAGUCCCAUCAUUCCUCUGUCCACCCAAGCGCAGACGAGGGCAGCACGGCAGCCCAAGGGGAGUGGCUAGGGGGGGCCGGACAGGGGCUGUGGAAGAGGCCGGAAGGAGGAAGAUUGUGACCCGUGGAUUGCCUUUGGAUGAAAGGAGGAAAAGGAAGGGAUGGAAAGAGGAAGAAAGCGAGGAGCAGAGAAGCCGAAAGAAGAUGAAGCAGGCAGUGAGCCACGGAGGAAUACAGAAAAUGGGGCGGAGCAUGGGCGGGGCCAGCUAUGUUGGGCGGGGCAGGGGCGGGGCCAGCAGUGUUGGGCGGGGCAGGGGCGGGGCCAGCAGUGUUGGGCAGGGCAGGGGUGGGGUCAGAAGUGUCGGGCGGGGAAGGGGUGAGGCCAGCUGUGUUUGGUGGGGCAGAGGCAGGGCCAGCAGUGUUGGGCGGGGCUGGGACGGGGCCAGCAGUGUUGGGCAGGGCAGGGGCGGGUCCAGCAGUGUUGGGCAGAGCAGGGGUGGGGCCAACUGUGUUUGGUGGGGCAGGGGCGGGGCCAGCAAUGUUGGGCAGGGCAGGGGCGGGGCCAGCAGUGUAGGGCGGGGCAGGGGCGGGGCCAGCAGUGUUGGGCAGGGCAGGGGUGGGGCCAGCAGUGUUGGGCGGGGCUGGGGCGGGGCCAGCAGUGUUGGGCAGGGCAGGGGCGGGGCCAGCAGUGUUGGGCAGAGCAGGGGUGGGGCCAGCAGUGUUGGGCGGGGCUGGGGCAGGGUCAGAAAGCCCCUGACAAUGAGUGACUGUGCACCCACACACUUUGAGGCCUCCUUGGUGAAGCCUGACCGAGCCAGCGUCUGCGCAGUCACACUGCGGAAUGCUAACGUCUGCUCAAGGAGAGCAGCCGGCUGUGCGGAAAACAUUCGAGAGUCGGAUAGAUUCGCAGGGAAGCCAAAGAAGCCUUGUAUCUGCGCAGAUGAAGCCAAGACAGCUGCAGUCUGCACAGGUAAAGUGAGGAGGACUGUGGUCUGCGCAGCUGGACUGAAGAGGUCUGUGGUCUGCGCAGCCGGACUGAAGAGGUCUGCGGUCUGCGCAGCCGGACUGAAGGGGUCUGCAGUCUGCGCAGAUGGGCUGAAGAGUUCUGCAGUCUGCGCAGAUGGGCUGAAGAAUUCUGCCGUCUGCGCAGAUAAAGUACGGAAGUCGGAUGUCUGUGCAGACCAGGCGGGCGGAGCUCUGCCAGUAAAGCAGCAGGAGGUCUGCCUGCAGAGAGUCAGACCAACACUGUCAACCCUGAGCUGCACCCCUGGGCCAGAGGGUCCCCCAAAGCGAGGCCGAGGCAGACCACCUAAGAAAAGGAAACUGGACGAGGAGACCACAGGACCGGUGUCCAUUUUGGCUCCGGGCGGCUCUGUUGGACAGGUGGGAGAGCAUGGGCACAAAUCACAGAGGAAGUGGAGGAGGGUGAUCAUACCCAGCAGCCAGACGCCUUCCAUGAGGACCCCCAAAAGCAGAGCAUGCUGGGAAGAUGAACCCGGGACCCCGUUGGCUGUGGCCCAGCUGAGCAGCAUCUAUGGAGAGGAAGAAAGGGAGGGGGCCAGGGGAAAGAAGGAGGCAGGUGGAGAGAGAGACGUGGAGGAGAAUGAGGGUGAGCAGACGGCAGGAGAGAUGGGGAUAGUUCAGCGGGGGGAGAUGAGCUGGGAUGGAGUGAUGGAGGAGAGAAGGGAAGGAAGGAUGGAAGACCCUGAUCCACAGAGGAGCAGGAAGGACGGAGGUGUGGAGGAGAACUGCAGGACUGGCGGGGGGAGGGCGAACGAUGAGGAAGAGAGUGGGGGGGCGGAGCUGGGGGUGGGGGAGCAGGUGGGAGAGACUACAGAAGGCCAGGCCACACCCACAGCUGAGGAAGAGGAAGACCAGGCCACACCCACAGCUGAGGAAGAGGAAGACCAGGCCACACCCACAGCCGAGAGAGAGGAAGACCAGGCCACACCCACAGCUGAGGAAGAGGAAGACCAGGCCACACCCACAGCUGAGGAAGAGGAAGACCAGGCCACAGCCACAGCUGAGGAAGAGGAAGACCAGGCCACACCCACAGCCGAGAGAGAAGAAGACCAGGCCACACCCACAGCCGAGAGAGAGGAAGACCAGGCCACACCCACAGCCGAGAGAGAGGAAGACCAGGCCACAGCCACAGCUGAGAGAGAGGAAGACCAGGCCACAGCCACAGCUGAGAGAGAGGAAGACCAGGCCACAGCCACAGCUCAGAGAGAGGAAGACCAGGCCACAGCCACAGCUCAUGCAGAUGCAGUCAGAUACAGUGAGACUGUGUGUGAUGUCAUCGCUGCAGAGAACGAGGAUGAGGAGGUGGAGGUAAUGGGAGAGGGAGGAAGUACCCCCCGGGCCCAGCCCCCCCAGCCCCAGCGUCCCCGGGCCCAGCCCACAGGGACAGAGCUGAUAGACCUGCCCUCGGGGACAGAGCUGAUAGACGUGGUUAUGGGGACAGAGCUGAUAGAUGUGCCCACGGGGACAGAGCUGAUAGACGUGCCCACGGGGACAGAGCUGAUAGACGUGCCCACGGGGACAGAGCUGAUAGACGUGGUUAUGGGGACAGAGCUGAUAGACGUGGUUAUGGGGACAGAGCUGAUAGACGUGCCCACGGGGACAGAGCUGAUAGACCUGCCCACGGGGACAGAGCUGAUAGACGUGGUUAUGGGGACAGAGCUGAUAGACGUGGUUAUGGGGACAGAGCUGAUAGACGUGCCCACGGGGACAGAGCUGAUAGACGUGCCCACGGGGACAGAGCUGAUAGACGUGGUUAUGGGAGACUCCACAGCCAUUCUGGAACGAGUGACUCACGCAGAACGAAGGGAGCUGGACGGAGUGAGAGUGGGAGGAGGCGUGGAGAACAGCGUCAUCAGACAGAUGGGGCCAACGGAAGGAGGGACCGGCCAAGAACAGAGAGGGAGUGACGGAGAGGGGGCUGACCCUGCCGGAGGAGAGACUGAGAGGAGGAGGACGGAGGAGGAGGGGCCCGGCCAAUCACAGCCAGGUGAGAGUGGCCACACCCAGCAGCCGUCCUGCACAGGGUCAGAGAGGAGAGAUGGUGUGACCUUGAACCUGUCUGACCCAUGCUGGGCGGUCAGGGAGAGGUCAACAGGAAGCUGGGAGCUGGACGAAGAGGAAGUGGAGGUGGAUGUGAUCGAGUGUUCUAGCCCCGCCCCUCCGCCCAUUGACCUGCUACUGGAAACCACGGGGGUGGAGCUGUGUGACAGGGAGCCAUCUGAGGAAGAGGAGGGGGAGGUUGACGUGAUCGGAGAAACAGACUAGGCCUCGCUCCCGCGUCCUCUGUGUGCCAGGAAUAUGAAGACUGUGUGUGACAGGAAGUACCUGCCAACCCCCCCCCCCCCCCGAAAGGCGGAGCUGUUGCCGAGGGGUGUGGCCUGGACUGCAGAGGGGGUGGAGCUGAUGGCCCAGGAAGCUGGUGGGAUAUGAGCAGGCUGCUUGGGGCUGUAUGCUGGACACACUUACACACACUCCUGCACACACUACCCUAACCACAUAACCUCUUACACACACUACCCUAAUCACAUAACCUCUCACACACACUCACACACACACUCCUGCUCACAUUACUUCAGUCCUAUAAUCACUUUCACACUACAUUCUCACAAUUACUCUCUUAAAAGUGCAAUGCUCAGUUGAAAACCUAUUCACAUGCACACACAUAUGGCCGUAUUGAUAUUGUUGUUUGUGAAAUAUCACGUUGCUUUUGUUCCCAAAACACUUCACCCAUAAGUAUAAGCUUUGUUGAUCAAAUGUUUUUUGUUGUUAUUUGGAAAUAAAUUUAAUAAACUUAAUAAAAGCUCGCAUCUGCAUAUGAAAUACAGGCUACUAUGAUUGUUACCUCAUAUGCAGCAGAACCAAAGAGAUAAGAACCCCAUACGCAGCAGAACCGCAGAGAUAAGAACUCCAUACGCAGUAGAACCACAGAGAUAAGAACCUCAUAGACAGCAGAACCACAGAGAUAAGAACCUCAUACACAGCAGAACCACAGAGAUAAGACCCUCAUAUGCAGCAGAUCCAAAGAGAUAAGAACCUCAUACGCAGCAGAACCGCAGAGAUAAGAACUCCAUACGCAGCAGAACCAUAGAGAUAAGAACCUCAUAGACAGCAGAACCACAGAGAUAAGAACUCCAUACACAGCAGAUCCAAAGAGAUAAGAACCUCAUACACAGCAGAACCACAAAGAUAACCUCAUAUGCAGCAGAACCACAGAGAUAAGAACCUCGUACACAGCAGAACCACAAAGAUAACCUCAUACACAGCAGAACCACAAUGAUAACCUCAUAUGCAGCAGAACCACAGAGAUAAGAACCUCAUACACAGCAGAACCACAGAGAUAAGACCCUCAUAUACAGCAGAACCACAGAGAUAAGAACCUCAUACACAGCAGAACCACAGAGAUAAGACCCUCAUAUGCAGCAGAACCACAGAGAUAGAACUGAUCACUAAUGCACACCAGUGACUGUGGAAUGCAUCCGUGCACGUAAACAUCAUUUCCUUAAC